CACCCAUGGCGCAUGAAGCAGCUUAGAGUCAGGGGGGGCAGAAGGAUGGUUGAAACCAGUUAUUUUCUGGUCACCCCAGUAAGGUUUGCAGCACUGGGCUCCAUCUCUGCUAUAAGUCACCUGGGGACCAGAAACAGGGACAAGAUGCUUUGGGGACAAUUUCCCUUGACCGUGUCAUGGUGGCAGCUCAGAUGAGCUCCAGAUGCUGGCUUUGAGGGGACCACAGUGUUGAGGUGGCACCACGGUGACAGUGCCACUCUCUGCUGUCUUUCCAGGGAUGAAAUGUGGGGCAGGUGACUUGGUGGAGGAUCCCAGACCACACAACCACCCCGGACCGGCUGUGUCCCUCCUGAGGUUCUCCCAGCCCACGUCCAGCUCCACCCAUGGCUCCUGCAGCACUCGCUGACGGUGGGGACGCACAGGACACCCUGUCACAGGUCCCCUGUGGUGACUUUCCUCGCUGAGCCUCCUCCCACACCACCACCACCACCAUUGCUCCCCCUGGUCCCUCCUGGUGGGGAUCCCUGGGGGACACUGGUACUGGGAGGAUGUGGCGCCUGUCCCAUGGCAUUGUCCCCUUCGUCAUGUGGUGCUUUGUCACCUUUCAGGCAGUCUCCAGCCUGCAGGACCAGCCGGGCAGCCAUGCCGAGGAGCGUCUCUUCAAGCAUCUCUUCACCGGCUACAACCGCUGGUCGCGGCCAGUGCCCAACACGUCCGACGUGGUCAUUGUGAGGUUCGGGCUCUCCAUUGCGCAGCUGAUCGAUGUGGAUGAGAAGAACCAGAUGAUGACCACGAAUGUCUGGCUGAAGCAGGAGUGGAGCGAUUACAAGUUGCGCUGGGACCCCGCGGAAUUUGACAAUGUCACCUCCAUCCGGGUGCCCUCUGAGAUGAUCUGGAUCCCCGACAUCGUGCUCUACAACAAUGCUGACGGGGAGUUUGCCGUGACCCACAUGACGAAGGCCCACCUCUUCUCCAAUGGCAAGGUGAAGUGGGUGCCGCCCGCCAUCUACAAGAGCUCGUGCAGCAUUGACGUCACCUUCUUCCCCUUCGACCAGCAGAACUGCAAGAUGAAGUUCGGCUCCUGGACAUAUGACAAGGCCAAGAUCGACCUGGAGAACAUGGACCACCACGUGGACCUCAAGGAUUACUGGGAGAGUGGCGAGUGGGCCAUCAUAAAUGCCAUUGGCACCUAUAACUCCAAGAAGUAUGACUGCUGCACCGAGAUCUACCCUGACAUCACUUUCUGCUUCGUCAUCCGUCGCCUCCCGCUCUUCUACACCAUCAACCUCAUCAUACCCUGCCUGCUCAUCUCCUGCCUGACCGUGCUGGUCUUCUACCUGCCCUCCGACUGUGGGGAGAAGAUCACCCUCUGCAUCUCCGUCCUGCUGUCCCUCACCGUCUUCCUGCUGCUCAUCACGGAGAUCAUCCCCUCCACCUCGCUGGUCAUCCCUCUCAUUGGCGAGUACCUCCUGUUCACCAUGAUCUUCGUCACGCUCUCCAUCAUCAUCACCGUGUUUGUCCUCAACGUCCACCACCGCUCCCCCAGCACCCACACGAUGCCCCACUGGGUCCGUAGCUUCUUCCUCAACUUCAUCCCUCGCUGGCUCUUCAUGAAGCGGCCCCCGGCGCUGCCGCCCCCCGAGGGGACCGCGGGGCAGUACGACCUCCCGGGGACCAGGCUCAGCACCUCCCGGUGCUGGCUGGAGACCGAUGUGGAUGAUAAAUGGGAGGAGGAGGAGGAGGAGGAAGAAGAAGAGGAGGAGGAGGAGGAAGAGGAGAAGACGUACCCCAGCCGCAUGUCCCAGGCGGGGUCCCACAGCCAGAACACCCAGUGCCGCUAUGGCUGCAGACGCCAAGCUGGGAAGGUGGUGGGGGGCUCAGCCCCCCGGGCGCCCCCCAAGGGGGAGGAAGAGGAGGCGGUGGGUGCGGAGAAGGGGCUGGUGCUGUCCCCCAGCAUCCUGAAGGCCCUGGAAGGGGUUCAGUACAUCGCGGACCACCUGCGAGCUGAGGACGCUGACUUCUCGGUGAAGGAAGACUGGAAGUACGUGGCCAUGGUGAUCGACCGCAUCUUCCUCUGGAUGUUCAUCAUCGUCUGCCUGCUGGGCACCGUGGGGCUGUUCCUCCCGCCCUACCUGGCGGGGAUGAUCUAGGGACCAGGCUGUGGUGGGGACGGUGGGCAGUGCAGGGUCCCUCCUCCUGGGGAGCGGGCACGGUGGAGCCCAUGUCCAGGCAAACCUCACCUCUCCCCGGGAGAACCCAGUUCAAACCAUGGAGGACCCUUGGGUGCCAAAUGCAGGGUGGAGCAAGGGCUGUGCGACAGGUGACCUGGGGACGGUGUGGAGGGACAGCUCCUUGCCCUCCUGCCCGGGGUGGUCUCGGAUGUCCUAGCAUUGAGGAAGGCAUGGGACAGCUUCCCCAUUGCCUGAGCACAGCCUGGAGGCAUCUGGGAGAGGUUUCUGCUUCCUUGAGCUGCUGUAAGUCCCACUCAAAUCCCAAGAGCCAUGUGUCCAACGUGCUGGGCAACCUCACAGGUGCUUUAGGACGUAUUCUGACUGCAGGGUGCUCAGGACCACGGGCUGGCACGGCUGAGCAUGACAUGGGGCAGGUGAUAAUGCUUUGGAUGGUCCAUGCAGAAGGUUGUGAGCUGGUGGUCCCUGCUCGGCUGCAUGGUUUAGGGGUCUCUACUCUGCAAAGCCCAGCCCAAACAUAGACCCUCUGCAGCCCACCGGCAUGAGAGGUUGUUUCCACACCAUCCCCAACCAGAGCUCACGGCAGCAGGAGACAGAACAGCUGUCCCAGGUGGCCAAGAGGCCACCAGCAUCCUGGCUGGUACCAGCACUGGUGUGGCCAGCAGGCCCAGGGCAGUGACCGUCCCUGUGCUGGGACCUGGGAAGGCCAAACCACCAAUCCUGGGGCAGUUCUGGGCCCCUCAUGCCAAGAAAGGCCUUGAGGUGCUGGAGCGAGUGGAGAGAAGGGAACGGAGCUGGUGAGGGGCUGGAGCACAAGUGUGAUGGAGCGGCUGAGGGACCUGGGGGUUCAGUUGGAGAACAGGAGCUGAGGGGAGACCUUCUGAUCUCUGAACUGCCUGAAAGGAGCUUGGAGCCAGGGGGGUCGGGCUCUGCUCCCCAGGAACAAGUGCCAGGAGCAGAGGAAACGGCCUCAAGUUGCGCCAGGGGAGGCGACAGGCAAGCACGGGCACAACAGGACUUUGCGCAUGGUUUAUCUCAGCCGGAAUGACAGCGCUGUGGGAAGAUGCUGGGGAAAAAGCCCGAACCGGACGGUUUCCAACUCAAAAAGCACAAACCGAACAGAGAGCUGUUCUGCUGCCGUUGCUCAACACGGAGCAGCUCAGAGAAAAAUGCAGCUGGAAGAGGCACCGUUCUCCUGGUUUGUGUCACCGAAGGCUGCGGUCCCCGGUGUCCCAUCCCUCCCCGUGCUCUGCGGGCCUGGGGACGGGCACCAGCCACCCGCGCCGGACCCACCUCCCAUCAUCAAAUAAAUUCUUCUCUACUAUGUACAAGGAAA